CGAGACCUCCUGAAUUUCAAAAUUGACAGGAUAAAUAAAUCAAAUUAUACUCAAAUUAUAUAUAGUGAAUUUGUACAAAAUUGUUUAGUAAACCCACAUAUUUCCACAAUCAGCUUUAGUUAUCAAUUAACUUGGUACAAGAAUCUACGAAGUAAAAAAGGAUUCGUGUUUCUUUUGACAGGAGCCUUCAGAUAUAAUAAGGUAUCAAAAUGAAUGCGGUUCCAACAGCGCUGAAUAAAGCGGGGAUGCGAAAGUACGAGGACUUGGAAGUCCCCUGUGAAAGUAUCUUGGCUUCCUAUGUUUGGGUGGACAGCAGCGGCAUCGACCUUCGAUCCAAAGACAGAACUUUUGACUACGUUCCCAAAAAACCAAAAGACCUACCGAUCUGGUACUAUGACGGCAGUAACACUGGGCAGGCAUCCGCCGACAACGCCGACACGUUCAUCUUCCCGCAGAGAAUCUACCACGAUCCCUUCCGACGCGGCAGUCACAUCAUGGUGCUCGCAGACACUUACCAGCACGACUACCAGCCCACAGCAUCCAACCGUCGUAAAGCGUGCAUGUUAUCGUGCGAGAAGACCGACGUAGAAGAACCUUGGUUCGGUUUCAACCAGGAGUUCUUCCUCACGACGACAGACAACCGGCCGCUGGGCUGGCCGCCCGGCGGCUUCCCCUCCCCGCCCGGCCCCUAUUACUGCGCCAUAGGUGCCAACAGAAUCGUGGCCAGAGACCUCAUGGAAGCUUUCUACAGAUGUUGUCUCUUUGCUGGCGUCAGUUUGAACGGUAUCAAUCCCGGCACAACUCCAUCUCAGUGGAAUUUCCAGGUUGGGCCGAGUCCUGGCAUCCGCUCGGCCGACGACCUAUGGAUGGCGCGUUACAUUUUGGCGCGACUGGCAGAGGAGUACGGCACAGUGGCCUGCUUCGACCCCCAGCCCGUGCCCGACUGGCCUGGCAACGGCACCUUCUGUUACUUUUCCACCAAGGAUAUGAGGGAAGAGGACGGCAUACUGGUGAUCGAGCGCGCGAUCGACAAGAUGUCUCGACGGCACGGCGUACACAUUAACGAGUACGACGCCAACAAUGGCGCCGACAACGUCAAGCGGCUCACUGGGAAACAUAAUAUCUCUCAUAUCAAAGACUUCACUGCAGGUGUCGCCAAUCGAAGCUGCAGCAUCAGAAUCCCUCGCCAGGUGGCGGAGGACAAGAAAGGGUACCUGGAAGACCGGCGGCCUGCCGCCAACGCGGACCCUUACCGCGUCAUCAACAUUAUGCUCAGGACUUGCGUCAUGGAUGAGUAGCCUCACUAACACAGGUGGCUAGAAAUGUGCAAGUGGCGAAAUUUUUCGAAAAGUUGAGAAGAAUUCUAGGAAUUUACGGGAAAAUAUCAUAUAAAACAAGGGAAUCUCAUUAUGGAAAUUGAAAAAACCCUAUGUGCAAAUUUCAAAAUUUUGGAAACUUUCUGAUAGCACAUCAGUACAUGGCUUUACAACAUGUGAGGCUAUCUUCCUAAUUUUUUCUUUCUUAUUUACCUCCAUUACUUGAUCCAUUAGAACCGAAAAUCAAAUCCUACUAAAUCAUUUUAUAAAUUGACGAUAUCCUCACGAAUCUAAAAAAUUUCACGAAGUCUUAAUUGCUAAUACCACAUCUAAGAGCUGUCAAGAAUUAUGAAAAGUUUUGAAUAACUUUGAUUCAAACGAAAGCUAAUUUGCCGAACGCUGGUUGAGUGAACGCGUUUAUAAAGGCCUAAAUCGAUGGGCGUAUCAUGGAUGAGUUUAUCCACGUGGUAAACUUACCGUCUCUUUUUAACACCGCGUGAUUGAAAGUGACGGACACUGUUUUUAUCCCGCUGUCCCGUAGACAACAACGACCAUCAAUUCCGUACCUACUGUAGGUAAUCUCUGCCUCUCUUUGUCACAAUCAGAUUACCGUAACAUACUGCAGGUAUUUACUGUAUUUCAUUGUUUCAUAUUAUGUUUGUUCAUUGAUUUGUUGGUUGGUUCAUUGUAUAAUGCGGUUUUUCUCAAUUUGUUUGUAUACUUUUCUUUGGCACGUUAUUGUGGAAAAAAAUAUAUAGAGGAAAUGAACAAAA